AUGUCUGGUAUGACCCCGCCCAUUCUGAGAUUCGACAGGCUACCAGUUGAGCUAAUCUCGUUGAUUAUAUACUGUGCUCAGAUCACUUGGCAAAACGAGCACUUCGCGGCACAAGCACCGUAUGCCGACGUCAAGCGAUACGAGGCGUCGCAAUCUGGUUCUGUUCCAUUCUCUGUAUCUCCAUGCUGCAACGGCACACGAUGGGAUUUUAGCCGACCAAUUUGUAUACGUUCAGACUCUGGCAAAGUACUUCCGCCUCACCUUCCUUCACCUGCCCAUAGCGCAUCGCUGGUCUCGAGAAGGUUACGCGCCGUGCUACUAGAGCAUAAUUCUCAUAUCUGGCAACUGGAUAACACCCUGUACCCCGGCAUUGCGCGCCUUUCUGGGGAACACCGUAUCAUCGCGAACGGCCGGGAGGUCAUACAAUACGGAGCGCGCAGUCUCAUAGCCUUGGACGUGUGCACUUGCGUCCUCCGCGGCAUCUUGCCCUUCUACUCUAGUCUGGAGCGCGUCAAGCUCAGACUACCGUGGCCAGGUGAUGGAACUCUGACGUCCGAUGUGGGGCUAUUUCUCCACGACACCAGAGGACGCGCCAAUAGUCAUUUACGGCACGUUGAUGUGGAGGCUAUGGACCCAGACCCGCUUCACGUCGCGGAAGGUUUACGCCGGCUCAUGGCUGCGAUCGAGAGCGUCGGCCUGCUUACCAGCCGCGCUUCUUGCUUCCAUAAAUUUUACUACUCGAGGACCCUAACCUCGCUGUACCUCCACCAAGGCCCCCACGCCAAAGUGGUCUUUGGGGCGUCGCUAUCACUCGCUCUUUCCGCGUGCGCCGGCGCGAUUGAGUUUUUGACCAUCGACAUCGCUGCAGGCUUUCGCGCGGAGCUCCAAGGCAACAUCACAUUUCCCAGACUUCGGUACUUCCGACUGUGCACUCAUCGCACUUGCGCGGCCACCCUGCUUGGUUGGAUGGUGUUGCCCUCUGCACUUGACCUGCAUCUCGAGCCCGUCGAGAGCUGGCGAAAGUGCUUUACUGCAAAGCAUCCUGGGGUAUACGAAGUACCUUUCUGGCCUUCGGAGUAUGCCCCGGAGGAGCGCUUUCCCGGCGAAUGGAGGUGGACGCAGAAUUUUGCCAAGAGUGUCGAGGAACCCCACCGGACCACGACAAUCCACGACGCAACAUUGCCAUAUCAUGGGGUGGAAAUUGGCGAUUCAGCUACCCUACGCUGUUGGAACUCUGCGGCGGUGAUUGGGCUCGAUGUCCGCAUUGAUCUCUCUGCGAACACCCACGAGCCAGCGGCAGCGAAGUUCCCAGAGCUCGUCAGCUUGACUAUGGCCGAAUCGCUGCAAGAGCUGAGGCCGGUGUUGCAGGACCCUGUGGGUCGUGACUGGGAAAGGACGGACGAGCUAGACAGCAAGAUCGCGGUGCGGCGAUCCCUCACCUUCAGAGACGGGCAGUUCUCUACGUAUGACCGCGAGCGGGACUUCAACAGUCAGUAUCCUCACGCGCUAUACGAUACUCUAGGCUUCGUGCUGUUUGCUAUUCCGACGACAUGGACACUGGCUGCGGAGGAGCUUGUCAUCGCUAAAGACAGCUGGGUGCCUGAUUCUUCCACGGCAUAUCAGUGUGUCUUGUAUUGGUUCGACUUUAUCGAGGGACUGCACCUUGACAGUCCGGCACUACAUCCGGACGCGGAGUUCAAGCCGAACAUCGAGGGAUGCGUGACAGCGGACCACCUGCGGGCUCUUGCCUCAAGCCUCAACAGUCCACUCCCUGGCUAUGGAUAUCUGUGUUCCAGCCUUGAACGUAUUCAUCUGUGCGUUCCUCCUGAGACGGUGAUGGGGUGGGCAGAUGACAGCAACUGGGAUGCCAUCCUGAAUUCACCGGGACGGUUGGCUACGGGAGCUCAGAGGAUUCGGCUGAGCGCCAUGCUGCGUUAA